AUAACAAAUGCCUUGCUAGCCUUGAAUUAGACUAAAUAAAACAGAUAGUUUCAAAAUAAACAACAUCGAUCCAGGCAUCGACUUCCGCAGCAGUUUGUGUGUGAUUCUCAAUCUCAUUGUGCGCAUUAUAUAGCUUCGGGAAAACAGACAGAUUAGUGCUUUGCAAACCUUGCAUACAUUGAGGCAACCAGAAAGUUGGGCUCAACUUUCAGAUAACCUUUGACCUUUCCUGGGCCUGAGGUAUAAUGGGUAACUGGCCUUCAGUUCUCUCUGGUGAGGGAAGUGAGGACAGCAGCAGCGAGAGCAACAACGAAAGCAACAACCAGGAAACCAGUGAUCAGGAAAACACAAGACAUCUCUGUGGCUCAGAGGAGAGCUACUUCUCCGAGGAGGAACUCCUUCCCAUUGUCUACCCUGAUGAUGAUGAUGAUGCUGCUGCUCGUGAUGACGUGUUGGGAGACUUCUUGUCCGUCAAAGAAGAUGGAGAGUUUACAACUGACGAAGUUGAUGGGUCUCGAUAUGACCUAGCACCCGAGUAUUACCCCACCUCGCUUCAUGAAGACAUCACUGCGAGAUUCUCAGAUCUUGCCUCACCUGUAGAUCGCAAAGAAAGCAGCUACAGCAGCACUGACGACUAUGAUGACAAUGACAGCGAUGAUGAGGAGGAGGAGGAGGAUGACCACCAUUACCAAAGAAGGAGGAAUGAUAAAUAUUCCCUAAUGAAGGAAGAUGAUGAUGAUAAUGAGCUCUCCAGCAUUCCACUGCCACCUCCCUCAUCACCGUAUGAAGUUGCAUCAGCUGAGCAGAUGCAAGGGGUCACAGCUUACCUGAAUGCUGACCGACCUGACACACUCCAAGAGACCAUCGUCCCUGUUGAGAGUCAUGCAGAAGAGUGCAGUGCCCCUGAGAGGGUGGUUGCAUGGGAGAUAGACGUCAGCGACAUGACGGGAUCCAAGAAGACUAAGAAGAGACCACCCAAUAAACUCUCAAAGGCAAAAUCAAGGAAAAGUUCAUCGAAAGGUAGCAUGGAUAGUGCCUAUAUCCCGCCAACUGUAUCAACAACACCUGAGCUCCUAGCACAGAGAAAGUGCUUGGACCAAAAGAGAUGGUUUUGUGUGAGUAGACCCCAGUACAGCAAGUCAUGUGGCCUAUCGUCCUUGGUUUCUUGCUGGAACUACCUGUUCAGCACCCUAGGAGGGGGCACCAUGCCCCCCAUCACCCAGGAGCAAGCCCUUAACGUCCUGGGGUUCCAACCACCCUUCGGUGAGAUCCGUUUUGGGCCUUUCACAGGGAAUGCCACCCUCAUGAGGUGGUUCAAGCAGCUGAAUGAUCACUACAGAGUGCGAGGAAGGGCAUACUUCCAGUACAAACCCCAUGGCAGGAGUAGGACAGUGGGAAGAACGUCUGCCCAAGGUUUACAUCUGUUACGACAAGGGUUGAAGGAUCCUAACAUGGCUUUCAUAUACCACUGCCAUAACCACUACUUCUGCCCCAUUGGAUACGAAGAUGUGCCUCUGAAGGCUGUAGAUGCAUACAGGGAUCCUUUAAACCUUGAUGAGGUAGAGACAUGGAUACUGAUCGGUGAUCCUAGUAGAAAGCAACCAGGAAUCCACUGUUUCAAAUGGGAGGACAUCAGCACCGAUCUGAACUGCCAGAACCCUGACUAUCUCAACAUCCGCAAACUGCGGCUUGGAGUGCAGCAGAGGAGGACGAAGAGAACCGGUGGCAACUUGCACUGUAUCAUGGCCUUCUGUCGCAGUGCCGGCUUUCUCACCAAACCAACCAAGAGCAAGAAAGAGGGUGCAAUGAAGGACACUUUUAGUAACAGCAAGAGUAGCAAGUCUGGCUCCGUUCGGAUGUCAGGACGUAAGGUUGGCGAGAGUAAGAGUGAGGGGAUGGUGGGGCGUCCAGCUCCAGGAGGGAGUGUGCCAUGUCUGCAGACUGGCAAAGCGGACAGUAGCGAUAUCAUCGAGCACUUUGCUUCUGAGACUGUGAGUUGCGACCACAGCAGUGAGGGCCGAAGCUGUAGAUCAGAAGUUGUUGAAAAGACUAAAAGUGAAUCUCAGGUUGGUAGACGAAGGGCAAAGGCAUCUGUUGUAAAGCAGGAGGAUAAGGAGAUCAGAGUGAAGAGUUCUGAGGCAAAAAAGAAAGUUGUUCGCAACAAGAAAACAAAGAAACAGAAAACAAACAAAGACAUUUCUGUUAAUAGAGAUGAAACCAGUCCCCAAGGUCCCUUUGAUGAUAACAUCCAUGUAGAUCAGGUGGACUUCACAUGGCCAGUAACUUCAGGAGAUUCCACUGUGCAUCAUCUUCAGUCUGGACAGGUGCUCAAGGAAGAGACAGAUCAAGUGGACGAAUUCAUCAAGAACGUGUCCACUCGUUUCACUCACAGCCUAAGCCCAGCUGAACAUGCAGAAGUAGAGGCAUUGAAGACAGCCAUGAAUCAGUCACAGAGCAACCCUGGUGUUGAUAUGAAAAGAGAAGAAGACUGGGUGUUGCUAGGACAGACCAACUAUGAAGGACAGGACGCCAAUCGCUUCACGUCACCAGGGGAAACUGUCAUGGGUUUGCCCGGCUUCAGAGGCAUGGGUGUAGAUGACCUGGCUAAUGCAGAUGACCUGAGGGAGGGAGGAGGGAUGGACGGUGAGGUGUCCGAGCUGGCCAAACAUUUGAUUGACCAGUAUCUUGUGUCCAUCAUAGAUUCCAUUGACAGACAGAAAGUUAACACUGCAGGUGGGACGGAUAAUAACUGAGUGCCUAGAUUUGUGGAUGAAUGACAGAUGAGUCGUGUCAAUAUUCCCGGUAAGAGAACAUUGGAGUUUGUUUGUUAUAGUAGUGUUGGGAGAUCGUGGUUCAAAGUGGAUUUGAGAGGUGAAAGCAUGCAAAAUACAUGUUGUAAAACUUACUCCUAGAUCCUAAUGAAAUGAUUGGUCAAACAGGAUUAUGUGUGAUUCAUUUACUGAGACUAUCUAACGUUUUUUUCAUGGAAAAGCGUGCAAAAGUUUCUAUUGCUAUCCAAUGAUUUUUCAGUAUGCGAUGGGCAGGAGUGGCAUAGAGGUUAGUCCACGUUGUGUGGGCCUAUAUUUUUGUAGCACUGCAUGUAAAGUUGUAAAUGCAUAUAGAAGAAUUUGUGCUUUUCUCUGUAUGUGCCUUAAAGUAAGCCUAGUAAAUUAGGGGUUUGUUUGUAGCCGAUUGACACAAAACAAUCUGGAAAUAUUUCUUUUCUACAUCAAAUAACAAGGAUCUAGGAGUUUUUAUAUAAAACAAAUGAUGCAUGUUUUCACUCAUUCAUUACAGGACCUAUCCGCUCUUGUUGCGGCUGUUUAAGCACCUAUCAUACGAAGCCGUCAAACUAAACACGAAAGAUGCAUAUAGCCCCAACUGACAUGCGGAUAGAUCGUAUAAUAAACUCAUUCUCAUGCAUGCAACCCUUGUAUAAUGCAACAAGUCUGCUGACUGACGUCGCCUAGAGGAUUUAUAGAGUUCAGGGACCCGUUUCACAAAGCCUUUUUUUAAUGACAAAUACAAAAAUCAGUGCUGAUAACCAAUCAGAAGCAAGGAUUUCAGUAGCUUAUAACAAAAACUGUCAUUUGUCAUUGAUGACAAUUUUUGUGAGUCGCCCCCCUGGUAUGCCCUGUCCUUAUAUUCUGCAGAAGGGAUGUAGGGUCCAGCAUAGCUUGGAGAAUCAGGGCCCCAUUGCAUAAAACUUACCAUUGAUGGUAACUUUACUAUCAAUGGCAAC